GGCUGCUAUUGAGGAUGCAGGUUUAAGUUGUGUCAACAUCACCAAGAGGUCCAUUUAGUAUCUGUUCUGGAGUUUUUGAUCUCGUCACACACAUUCAGUUUGAAAGCAGCAUGGACGACUGAGGUCACUGAUCAUGUGAUACAGCUCAAAAGCUCCGGCCACUGAGGAGACAAGGCCCGUAUGGUGAAGUCAGUUUAGUCAACCUGAUAAGAACUGUGCUUUUAUGUUGAAAGUACAGAACAGGAAACGGUCGUGUUUGUUGGUUUUAACUUGACGGGGGGGAACUGGUUUGAAUUUUUUUCUUUCAGAGGGAAAUUUAGAAGAAAGUCAGAGUUCAGCAGAGAGAUAAACGGCCAGACUGCCGGGUGGUUACAGAGCAGGUAGUUGGUUAGUUAGGUAGGUAGAGAUCUCUGAGUGAUGGAAGCGCCUCUGACCAGCAGGAAGAGGUGAGACUGAAUCUGAACUUUAAUUGAUCUGAACUUUGGGCUGAAUAAGAGUCUGCGGGACAAAGUGAAUUUAAAAACACUUGUUAGUUUGAGUUUAAUGUUUAACUCGGAGAAAGAAACUUGUGAGCGUCUCCAGAGUUAACGUCUGAAGGAGUUAUUAAGGAGUUUCCUGCUCUCUCUAUUUGAGUCAAACUCAGAGUUUCAUUAGUGAAGUCAUAUUUUAUUCUGAUUUAUCUGAUCUGAUACUUCCUACUGUGUUUUCAUGGAUGAACAGUUUGUUCGUCCUGCUCAACAUGCAGCUGUUCGACAGAAACCUGAACCAGGAGGAGGAAUGUGACGAGUUAAUCUGUUAAUCCUCCUCGUUAGCUUCAAUCAGCGUGACGAGCUGCAGCUUCACAUCAGCUGCUUCUCCUCUUCCUGAUCAGGUUCUGAGUGAAGCCCAGAUGAGAGCUGGCUGAGUCCUCUAACAGCUGAGGUGUUUCCUCUCUUUCCUCCCUCAGCAUAGGGACCAUCUUUACCAAAGGAACACCGUCCCACAAUUCACUGGGGCAGCAACAUGACGCCGGGGGUCACUUUAAAUGUUGAACGUGGGCCGACACGUCCUCCUUGAGAAGGUCAUCCUCACCUGUCUGUUUCUAAAAGACUGGAUAGCUGUAGCUAACCUCAGUGGCCUUGCACCGUUUCAUGGAGGCAGCAUGAAAUGAUAGAAACUAACUACAAGAGCGUUUAACGUGUGUUUGUCUUCAGUAAAGAGUCGGGAUGAGAAAGGAGAAGAGCUGUUGAAAUAAAACAAAUAAAAUGGAUCCCUUCCACCGAUCGCCUCCUAAUCUGGUUUAUAGUUUAACUCAAAGUGUUGAGGACAUAAAACUUUCCUCAGUAUAAGAAUGUACAAAUAUAAGAAAAUGUUUUUGUGCAAAAGUGAGGAAACAGUUAGCGGGAGGCUAAAAUUUAGCGGAAGUUAGCAGGAGGCACACAGUUAGCAGGAGGCUCAUAGUUAGCGGGAGGCUAACAGUUAGCGGAAGUUAGCAGGAGGCUCACAGUUAGCAGGAGGCUCACAGUUAGCGGAAGUUAGCAGGAGGCUCACAGUUAGCGGGAGGCUCACAGUUAGCAGGAGGCUAACAGUUAGCGGGAGGUUAACAGUUAGCGGAAGUUAGCAGGAAACUCACAGUUAGCGGGAGGCUAACAGUUGGAGGCUCACAGUUAGCGUGAGGCUCACAGUUAGCGGGAGUUAGCAGGAAGGUCACAGUUAGUGGGAGGCUAACAGUUAGCGGGAGUUAGCAGAAAGGUCACAGUUAGCGGGAGGCUAACAGUUAGUGGGAGUCAGCAAGAGGCUCAGAGUUAGCAAGAGUUAGCGGGAGGCUAACGGCUAACAUGUUGUUUCUGUCUCCCCCUGGUGGUCACAUGAACACCUGCUGCUCUGACAGACGCCAGGAGGCCCAGCAUCAGCAUCCAGCCUGCAAGAGGAGGUGCAGAGAGGAGGAGGAGGAGGAGAUGAAGGGGAGGAGGAGAACAGCAGGAGGCUGUGAGGAGAACAGGGAUCCAAGAGAAGCUCUUUGGAGGAGAACACCGAACCUGAAGAGAGAGCACAGACGGUUUUCACAGUCUGGAACCAGAACCAGGACCUCAGUCAGGACUGGAUCUGAGUCUGCAGCUGGAUCUGGAUUCAGGUCUGGAAGUGAGAUCCAGUCCUGCAGACCGCAGGUCAGAGUGGCCCAGAUUAGUAAGACCAGGAUCCAGACUUCAGUCCAGACUGUAGAUCUCAGAGGGUCUGAACUGGUUCAGGGUUUGGUCCUCACAGAUCGGACUGAUCCAGGAUCCACUGAGAGCAAUCUGGACUACAGGAGACUGACCCGGAUCAGACAGAAAAGGGCCACAGAGUCCACCUUCGAGAUCAGGUCCAGAGCAGGUCCUGUGAGCACUGCAGAUCUGGUCUCAGAUCAAUCCUUAGAGACCAAGACCCGCCAAAUCAGGUGUGAGAGAUUCCUGGGUGCAGAGUCCAGCAGAGGAGAGGAGGAGGGAGCCAGGAUCGGGUCCAGGUCUGAGAGGAGGCCAACUGGGCCCAGGAGGAGGAGGAAGAUCCACCCGUCUGUGUUCAGAGGGAGAGGUCAGCUACGGCUAUCAGUCAUUCCGGAGGCGGGGCAGCUUGUCAUUCAGAUCCACGAAGCCAGAGGGCUGAUGGGAAAAUCCCAAAGGUCAUGUGACUCAUAUGUGGAGCUGGCAGUGACCUCGGACCUCGACCGCGGCAUCAGGAUGACGACUCCGACCGUCCUGAACAACAAGAACCCAGAAUACAAACACAGCUUUACACUGUGUAUCCUUGACGACCUCAUCCUGAACAGGCUGUUGGUUUCUGUGGUCAGCAGGUGCGGCCAGCUGAUUGGAUGCAUGAGCUUUGGGAUUGGUUCUCUUGUCUCUUCCUCUAAGCGUGUGACUGGUUGGUUCUACCUGCUGGGGGAGGAGUUUGGGAGGAGCAAACACCUGAGAGUGACAUCACAGCAGAGCAAACCAAUAAGGAAGCCAGAGGACGCACCAGCACGCCGUGCAGAUCUCAGGAGGACUCCGGACUCCGCUCCAGAUACCGACCUCAACCGCAUCACCACCACCGCCGCUGCCACCAUCCUGUCAAACUCCACCACCAGCACUACCUCAGCCGUGGGACUGAAAGACCUGACAAACCACAGCCAGACCUCCAGUCGCCCCCACAUCCUCGAUCCCAUCAACACUAACUACAGCAGCCAUGUCUCCACGCUGUCCUCCAACACCAACCGGCGUCAGGCAACCCGAGACCGCAGCAGCGCCCAGCAGCUGACGGUGAACGUUGUUCGAGGAAAAGAUGGUUUUGGAUUCACGAUCUGCUCCGACUGUCCGGUCCGAGUCCAGGCCGUCGACUCUGGCGGUCCGGCUCAUCAGGCGGGUCUCCGUCAGGGAGACUCGGUCCUGCAGCUGAACGGACUUCCUGUCGAAACCUGGAAGUGUGUCGACCUUGCCCACGCCAUCAGGAGUUGUCCGUCUCAGAUCGUGCUGGUGGUCUGGAGAGGGUUACCUGAGCUCCGGUCAGGAUGUGAGGCUUCGCUCCGCCCACCUGCACACAACACGGGUCUCCACCUGAACUCCGCCUCCACGCUGGCCAGCGACUCGAGGAAGAAGACAACAGGCAGGAAGCUGCUGCCUCACCCCGCCCACAGUAAGCAUGGCCCCAGAUGGGGUCAGAGGUCGGGGGUGAGGUCCGGUUUAGGGGCUCUGGGUUCUCUGUGGAGGGACAGGAAGGAGGAGCAGGAGGAGGAACAGGAGGAGGAGGAGGAGGAGGUGACUGAGUAUUCACCUCGCACCACCACGCUCAAGGGCACCCGUGUGACAUCAUCACAUGGAGACAAUUACAUCAUCCUGUCACCUGUCAACCCGGGAGAACAGCUGCUGCAGCCGGUUUAUCACGACAGGAACGGAACGAUCGGGCGUCUGUACCAGACUCACCCCAGCAGAGGUCAGAACCUGCUCCACGACCCCCGACCCGGGAUGUCACAGCGGCCAUUCACUGGUCACACUUCCACCCUCACCCAUACCCCCCCCACCUCCUCUUCAUCAGCCCAGCCCACCAACUACGGCAACUACCAGAACUGCACCAUCGUCCAGUCACAUCUGCCCUGCUCCACCUACGGAACCUACGUCACCCUGGCACCCAAAACCCUCAUCUUCCCCAUCUUCGUCCAGCCUCUGGAUCUGUGCAGCCCGGACAGAACCCUGCUGAUGUCAGAGGAAAUGGUUCUACACCAGGCUGACCUGCUGCCUGCGAAGGUGACCGUGUUGAUCUACAGUGACCUGCUGCUGUUCACCAGAGAGGACGAAGCUGGACGCUGCAACGUCCUACAGAGCCCACUGUACCUGAACACACUGCAGCUCAGAGAGGUGUCGUCAGAGCCGCUCCAGAUCUACUUCCUGCAGAGCGCGCAGAGCUGCUGGCGCUGUCUCUUCAGUCUGGAGGCCUUCAGCAUCGAGCAGAAGGUCAGGGUCAGUCUCUGUCUCCAUGACAACAUCCAACUACAGCUGGUCGCCCAGGAGAGCGGACACACCCACCAGCUCUCAGACCUCCCCUCAGACCUUGGCCUCCUCUCUCUCCGUCAGUCCGACCUCAUCUAUCAUCCUUCCGCUCCUUACUCCUCUUCUGAUCCUCCCCUCCUCCGCCCCUCCUCCCCCUACUCCUCUCUCUGUGACUCCCUCAGACCUCCCUCCCCCUCCACUUACUCCCCCAGCUCUCCCUUCUCCUCCUCCUCCACUCCUCUUCCCCACUUCUCCUCUCUCUCCCCAUGCACCACGUCUUCCUCACCUCCUUCCAGAACCUUCAUCACCCCACCUCACCUCCUCCCUCCGCCUCCCUCCUCCUCCUCCUCCACCCAGAGGAGUCUGGUCUGGAAGGAGAGAGGAGGAGCAGAGGAAGAGGUGGAAGAGCGGCAGCAAGGAGAGGGGGAGAGCGCCUCGGAAACAUCAGAGAACACCGGAGGUGUAGGGGGGCGGCGCCUCCUGCUCGGCCCCUACCACUUCAACAUGAAGGAGGAGCAGGAGGAGGAGGAGAGUGAUGAAGACGAGGAGGAAGGAGGCGCUGAGGAGUUUCUCCCCUGCUGCAGACCUGCAGUUCUGCGUCGCUCUCUCUCUGAGGGUUCUCUACUGCAGGAGCCUCGAUCGCCCCGCUUCCUGUCCGACAGCACCAUCCAUAGACUCACCCGCCCGACGACCUUUGACCUCGACCCCGUCACAUGCCCGGGCCACCGCCCCCCCUCCAUCCACACCCUCAGGAAACAGCUGACCAGAGAGGGCAGGUCUCUGCACCACAUGCUGCUGCUGCUCAACGGCUCCAAGGAUCCGGAGUUCAGAAACCUUCAACUGAGGAAGAAGACCAAGAGUCUAGCCGCUGAUGUUCGGAGCCGCCUGGCGUUUCUACGGCCACGGAAGAAGAGUACCUGCGUCCAUAGUAACAGUUUGGAGAAAGCCCUGAGAAACAACAGACCGUCUACAAGGGAGGUGCUGAGGUGGGCUGAGAGUCUGGAAGCUCUGCUGACCAAUCAGUAUGGUUUGGCGGUGUUCCGUCACUUCCUGAGGUCAGAGUUCAGCGAGGAGAACCUGGACUUCUGGUUGGCUGUGGAGAGGUUCAAGAGGACACGCCCCCUGAGCAAGAUGGCCACUAGAGCUGCGAAAAUCUACGACGAGUUCAUUUCCACCAGCGCAGCGAGACAGGUGAACGUGGACUCAUCCGUCAGAGAAGCCACCAAUCAGAGCCUGCGUCUUGGCGUUAAACCCUCCUCCUUCCAGCUGGCCCAGGAUCAGAUUUUCGGCUUGAUGGUCACAGACAGUUACCCACGAUUCCUCAGGUCCCGCCUCUACGCCCAGCUGGCCAAUCAGCACACACAUACAGCCACAGAGGUGGCCACUGACAGCGGAGCUGGGUCUGUGCCUGUCGGCCAAUCGUGAGUGAGAAGACGACAGAGGCGGGGUCAGACUGAUGGUCAACCAAUCGGCUGUCAUCUGUUCCAAGAAGAGCCGGCUAAUUAAAAGAAACUAUCCAGUUGCAUUAUGGGAAAUGUAGGAUCCAGUGUUUUCUCCACCUGUUGCUCAGAUCCUUCACAGCUUCUUUGUUUGUUUCGUAGUGACAGCGAACCUCCUCAGUAUUGUUUGAGUAAUCAGUUUAUCAGCUUUAACCCACUGAGUCAAAUGUUUGUUUCGGUUCUAAAACUUCUAAUUUUAAGUCUGUGAAACCUGAAGUGUUUUAAGUCACUGUUGGAGUUACUCUGUGUUUAAUGCUAAUAAACUAAUGUUAGCAUGCUAGCACACUAAACAAAGAUGGUGAACCUGCUAAACAUCAGCAUGUUAGCAUAUUGAAGUUAGCCUUUAGCCUGCUGAUAUGGUGGUCACACAGGAGAGGCUUGUUGUCCUUCACGUUAUAAAUGUGUUCACUAAAACCAGCAGACGAGCCAAAGAGCUGACGUCUGAACAUCAGGAUCUUUGGAAAAGAAAUAACGACCGUCUGUUUCUUGAUUUUCUGCCUCAGUAACUUUGUAGUUAGUUAGUGAAGUUUGUGUGAAUUACUAGACUGAAAAUGCUGUUCUGUCACAGAAGAUGAUUAAAAACGUGUAUCUGAGGUUUGUCUGCUCACCUGUUGGAUAAAGAGACCGUGAGGAUUGA